AUGGGAGCGGGAGACACGAGGGUGACGAGUGCCCGAAACGUCGCCGGAGUGCCAACCCAGCCGACACCAGAGCAGCCAGGAGAGGGGAGUGAGUCCCCUCCCCCAAGGAAGGAUCUAGAGGGGGAAGGUGCAGGGAAACCAGCCCUCACCCCAACAGAAGACCGGGAGGACCAUCCAUCCAGCCAGUGCGACUGGGAACCGGAGACGGCGAAAGGCGCAGAAGGCUGGCAGGAGAAACCACCGGUACCUCUAAGAAGGAAGAGGAAGGGUAGGGAAGACCCGGACACCUCGACGGAGGAAAAGGAACAGGAGGAUUCAAAGGUAAAGAGGGUGGAACCCAUGGGUCCACCCCCAACAACCCUAGAGGAUGGGGAGAUGGAGGGAGCGCCACCCCCAUCUCCCCAGGUUGACGAUUCCUCCUCGUACUCCCGAGAGGAGGAAUCCGCACAGGUAGGGACCCCCCACCACUCCGCGGAGGCAUCCGUAGACGAGGCCGAAGCCUCCCCCGGGCUAUCCGAGACGGCUCUGCCGUCAAAGGAUGGCCAGGGGGGGCCGAAGUAG